AUGUCCAAGUCAGUAAGGACCGUUAGUGACGAAAUAUGGAAGAAUAGAGUCCAGAAAGUGAACUCCGAAUUCUUCACUUUGACAUACGGUUCAGUGGUGUCGCAACUAUGCAAAGACUACAAUAAUAAUUAUGUCCAGGUGAAUCAGCAGUUGGACAAAAUGGGGUACAAUAUUGGUGUUAGACUUAUAGAGGACUUCUUAGCGAGAACCGGUGCCGGCCGUUGCGCGUCAUUGAAAGAAACCGCCGACAUGAUUGCCAAAGUCGGCUUCAAGAUCUUUUUAAAUAUAACCCCAACAAUCACAAACUGGUCGGCCGAUGGCAAGCAGUUCUCCUUGUUGUUGACAGAAAACCCAUUAGCAGAGUUUGUGGAAUUGCCGGAUGAUGGGAAGGCCACCAAGGAAUUAUGGUAUUCCAACAUUCUAUGUGGUGUAUUGAGAGGGGCUUUACAAAUGGUUCAAUUGGAUGUGGAUGCCCACUUUAUUGCAGAUCAAUUAAGAGGGAACGAUAAUACUGAAAUUAGGGUUAAAUUGCUUAGAUAUCUAAAGGAUGAAGUACCGGCUGGCGAAGAUUGA